AUGUCUAAAGAGAGUAGUAAGAAUAAUGAAAUAAAAAAUUAUAAAUUGAAUAAGAAGAAAAUAGAAAAAUAUUUUCUUGAUAUAAUAGAAUCUUUUAAUAAUGAUAUUUCUAAUAAUUGUAAAUAUGAAAAUGAUACUGUCAAAAAAAAUUUAUAUUCAAUAAAAAAUGAGAUAAGGAGAUGUUUAACUGUUUGUGAACCAUUAUUUGAAAUAAUUCUAGGAUGGAAAGAAAUAAUAUUUUGGAAACAACCAUUUCAAUCGUUAUGCUAUAUUAGUUGUUAUUUUUAUCUUUCAUAUUAUGGUUAUUUAUUACAUGUUAUACUAAUACUUAUUCUUCUUCAAAUUUUUUUUAAUUAUUUAUAUUAUAUUAAAAAUAUACCAUUUUUUAAUAUUAUAAUAUUUUCACCAAGAAAAAAAAUUUUAUCUCCCCUUCAUCAAAAACCAAGUCAUCAAAUGUUAUAUAUUGUUUUACAAAAAGUAUCAAUUUAUAUAUACAAUUUAUCAAAUUUUUUAGAAAAAAAUAACAGUAUAUUUUUAUGGCAAAAAUAUAAUAUUACAGAGAUAUUUCUUAUAAUUAUAAUAUUAUUUUUAUUAUUAUUAUUUAUAUUACCUUUUGAAACUGUUAAUAGGAUAUUAAUGAUAUGUCUAGGAAUUCGAAUUUUCAUAGGAACAUAUAUCAUAACAAAUUUUCCACAGACAGCAAAAAAAGUAGAUUUUAUUACAUAUAUGUUGUCUGAAAUAUCAAAUACUUCAACAAAUAAUAUUAAAGAAAGUAAAAAAAAUAAUAAAUAUAAAAAGAAACAACAACAAAAGAAAAAUAAACAUAUCUUACAAAGAUAUAAUACAAAAAUUUAUGAAAAAUGUAAAAAUAAUUUAUUAAAUUCAAAUAUUCAAAUUAAAAAUAAAUUAGAAAAUACAAGUAAAAGUAUAACUUAUUAUCAUACAAGUACCUCUUCAAAUGAUGAUUCAGACAUUAAUACAAUAAUUGAAGAUAAUAAUAACAAUGUUAAUAAAAAUAUAAAUUUACUUAAUGUUAAUAAUAAUAAUAAUGCUUAUAAAUGUAGAUGUGAUGUACUUUUUUUAUCAAAAAAAUUUUAUGGAAAUAUUAAAAUAGGAACAUUGUUUAUUGAAAAAAAAUAUUUUAUUAUUCGUUAUUUUAAAUUUGAAAAAUUAACAUAUCAAUAUACGAUAUACCCUUAUAUUGAAUUAAAUUCAUUAACAAUAAAGCGUAAAAAUCAAAAAAUUUGGUUAUUUAAAAAACAUUACUGUAAAGUGAUUUUUAAAAAGAGAAACAUUUGCGAUAUUAAAUUUUAUAUAUUAACAAAUUUUCAUCAAUUGAUGGAUACUUUAAAAAGAAUUCCGUUAUUGAAAGGAAAGUUAAAUCAGUGA